CUUACCCUGUGGUCCUUAGGAAKUCGGUCAGUAGGUUUGUGUCCRGGUAGGUCCAAGUGGUGAGGAGUGGGACCUYUGUCGURCACCUGACACCACCAUGGUAGACACCCGGYGCGGCACCUCCACUAUGCCGUACACAAAGGAGGAGGAGGCGAAGAUGGYCGCCAUCCUGCAGGAGAGAAAGGAGAAGGAGGCCAAGAAGAAGGCCUUGAAGGAGGAGCAGGCGGCCAAAUUGAAGAAGAUGGAAGAAGAGAUGGCCAGGGAGAAAGAGAGGUUAAAGAAGGAAGAAGAAGAGAAAUUGAAGGCGGUGGAUGAAGAAGAGGACGGUCCGCCACUGCAAAGGAGUAGUGGGCAGCCCAGUAGUAGUACCGGUGGAGACCUGGACAAGAGGAUAUCUGAAUGGGCUGCCAACCUGACUGUGGGAGAAGAGGAAGAGGUUCACGCAGACCAAUAUGACUUUAGCAGAAGUCGGGACAUAGAUGUGCGCUCGAUACGGUUGGGCUUUCGAGACUUUGCUCAUGAGCUGGUAGGCGUCGUUGGAGCCGAGGUGGGUCACCGCCUCGACAAGACUGAGCGGUUCUGCACUGGCGCCAUUCAAGGCGUCAAGGCGGCAGCUCCUAAGGAGGAGGAAGCACGUCCUCCUCGCCGGGAGCCUGUCAAAGUCAAGUUCCCCGAUUCCUACAGUGGGAAGAGGGAGGAAAACUUUGACAAUUGGGAGGCCAACGUUAAGACCUAUGUGCACUUGCAACAGGUCUCCCCAGAUCAGCAAGUCCUAAUUGCUAUCCACGCGCUGAGAGAUGAGGCCGCCAGUUUUGCAAGGUCCCUAGUUUGCGCUGCCAACUGUAGUGAUGAUCCCAUUGCGUACUCCUCAUUUACGUCCCUCACCGAAUUCCUGAAGCUGCUGCGCGAGCGAUUUGCAGAUGUCGCUCGCAGUGUCAAGGCCUCAGAUAAGCUCCAAACCAUCCAUUCUCGUAAAUGGAAGAGUGUCACGGCACUCAAGGGUACAAUGGAUGAGUUGGUGGCCGUCCCUGACCAUGGGGUCACAGAGGGCCAGUUGGUCAACCUCUUUUACCGGACUAUGCCCGAAGCCUUUCGAGGGCAGUUCUUCGCGAAGAGCGAAGACCCUGCCACCACUUACGAUUCCCUUAGUCGUGAGGUGGUGGCUUUUGAAGCGAACUGUCCUGAAACUGCUUAUGUUAAAGUUUCGCUAGACACCUCCCUCACAGGUGUGGCCGAAGAGUUGAAGGAGAGGAUCCCCGCCUGGGCCAAGAUGAAGAAGGAGAACAAAGGGCAGCUUAUAUUACUAGAUACAGAGAUUUUUAGAAGUAGAGUAGGGGCCCUAGUAGACUCAGGGGCCACUCGCAGCUAUAUUAGUAGGAAAGCGCUGCAAAAGUUGAGGCUCGGACUUAAAAUCCAGAAACUGACAGUCCCCAUAGUUAGUAUCCUCGCGGACAAUCGUACUAUGAUUGUAGAGGGUUACGUAGAGGGAGUCCAGGCGUAUUUCCGCCUAGAGAAAGAUGGGAAAGCGAAGAAGGUCCUCCACUCCCUGACUCUCCUCGUAGAGGACAGCCUCCCAUUUGACAUUGUCCUAGGAAUGGAUUGGGGAGAGGCAGUCGGGGCCACGCUCCAUUUGAAGGAGAACAAGUGUUGGCUCCCUAGUUCGUCAGACGAGGCCAAGACUGCCCGCCUGUUCCAUGUGUCAAGGGUAGAGAAUUCCUUGGCGCACUGCUGCCUUAGUGCCCCCGCGUUCGCCAGACUGGUGAAGAAGGAGGGAUUGGAGGAACAGGUCUUUGUUGCCUAUGUUAGGCCAGUGACUGAGCCUACGGAGGAAAAGUUGAUGGACCCCGUGAUUGCCAAGCUGCUGGAAGAGUUUAAGGAUUUGACUGAGACGCCGACAGGCACGGUGCCGCGGCCCAUCCAGCACCGUAUUGAGAUAGAGCCUGGCAGUAGAACUCCUAAGGGUGCGGUGUAUAGAAUGUCCCCGCAGGAGUUAGAGGAGCUGCGGAAACAGUUGGACGAGCUCCUUGAAAAGGGUUGGAUUAGGCCCAGUUCGUCUCCUUUUGGAGCCCCUGUUCUCUUUGUACCUAAGAAAGAGGGAGAGCUAAGGAUAUGUACAGACUAUAGGGGUCUGCAUGCCAUCACAGUGAAGAAUGCUGAGCCACUGCCUAGGAUAGACGAUCUCUUAGAUCGAGUGCAGGGGGCGAAGUAUUUCUCCAAGAUAGAUUUGAAGUCCGGAUAUCAUCAGAUAGAGGUACAUCCUGAUGAUCAGUACAAGACGGCCUUCCAGACUAGAUAUGGGCACUACGAGUUCAUAGUGAUGCCCUUUGGACUAACCAACGCGCCAGUUACGUUCCAGUGUUGACCCUCGAAGAGCAUCAUGGUCAUCUCAGGCAAGUUGAGGGAAGCUAACUUCAAGAUCAAUGCAAAGAAGUGCGAUUGGGCAAAGACCCAAGUUUUGUACCUAGGCCACAUCUUAGACGGAGACGGCGUUAAGCCAGAAGAUAGCAAGAUCGCAGCGAUUAGAGAUUGGCCCACGCCACGUACGCUCACAGAGUUGCGCUCGUUUCUGGGCCUAGCUAACUACUAUAGGAAGUUCGUGAGGAACUUCUCCACCAUCGCUGCGCCCCUUCGCAGAUUGCUGAGAAAAGAGACAAUCUCGAAGUGGGACAAGGACUGCACGUCUGCCAUGAAAAAGCUAAAGCAGGCAUUGAUAGAGUAUCCGGUCCUUAAGGUCGCCGAUCCGUCCUUGCCUUUUGUCGUUACUACGGAUGCUAGCCAGUACGGCAUAGGCGCAGUGUUACAGCAAGACGAUGGCAAUGGCUAUAGACCCGUAGAGUUCAUGUCCGCCAGGAUGCCUUCAGAGAAGGUCGCGACAUCUACCUAUGAAAGGGAACUCUACGCUCUCAGGCAAACCUUAGACCAUUGGAAGCACUACUUGCUUGGGAGGCACUUCAAAGUCUAUUCUGACCAUGAGACAUUACGAUGGUUAAAGACGCAGGCCAAGAUCACACCUAAGCUUACUAGGUGGGCCACAGAGAUAGAUCAGUAUGACUUUGAGCUCAAGCCUGUCAAAGGGAAGUACAACGUAGUCACGGAUGCUCUAGGUAGGAGAGCGGAUUACUUUGGGGCAAUAGUACAUUACCUCGAUAUAGGGAAGGACCUGCAGCAGAGGGUUAGAGAAGCUUACGCGCAGGACCCUAUCUAUAGUGAGCUCCUUAAGAAAGUCAAGGAGGCCCCAGAGACUGAACCGAAUUACCGCACUACCGAAGGGUUGCUUUUUGAGAAGACUAAUGUGUCUGACCGCCUGUGCAUCCCCAAUAGCGAAGAGAUUCGUAGUCUGAUUCUGGGCGAAUGCCAUGACACAAAGGGUCAUUUUGGUUGGCAAAAGACUUUAGCCAAUCUUAUGCGUGCGUAUACCUGGCCAGGGAUGAAGAAUGACUGCGUAGAGUAUGUUCGCAGUUGCAAAGUCUGCCAGUGUAAUAAUAGUUCUACGCGCGCCCCGCUAGGUCUUCUCAGACCUUUGCCCAUUCCGGAUCAGCCGGGAGACUCAGUGUCAAUCGAUUUCAUGGACACUCAAGUCAAGAGCAGGCAUGGCAAAAGCCAAGUCAUGGUCAUAGUUGACCGCUUUAGCAAGUACGCAGUUUUUGUUCCUUUGCCUUCUUAGGCGCGUACUGAUUUAGUCAUACAGAGGUUCUUUGACUGUUGGGUUAGUGAGAACGGAAUCCCGAUGUCAAUAGUUAGUGAUAGAGAUAGUCGUUUCACCAGCCAGAACUGGCAUGAACUCAUGGGAGUGUAUGGAUCCAAGUUGUUGAUGUCGUCCGGACGUCAUCCAGGGACUAACGGUCGGACGGAGCAAAUGAACAAGAUCCUACAGC